UAUAGUGGGAGAAGAAAAAUCUUGUGGAAAAGAUGAAUGUUGGGGAUUUAUGUACCUGCUGGCUGCUGCGGCCCUUCUUCUCAAUAUAGGCUAUGGAGCAGUAAGUAUUCUUCAUUUACAUUUGAGAUAGACAGAACUAUGUAUACAGUCAUGAGUUCUCGGAAAUGGCUUCCUAAUUUAAUUAUCCUUGUCUGUCUGGUUAAUCUUGUUGCUAUUGUCAAAUCCCAGUUCCCAACUCCAAUUUAUUUUCAUUUUAAAUGUCAAAAUAAUGGUAGUUAUACGAGUAAUAGCAAGUACCAGACAAACCUUGAUACACUCCUCUCCUCUGUCUCGCCGAAUAUCAGCGCCAAUGGAUUCUACAACGCCUCUCUCGGAGAAAAUUCCGGCAGAGUUAACACGGUUGCGCUAUGUAGGGCAGAUCUUCAGCCUUAUCAAUGUCGUGAUUAUGUAAAAAAUGCUACGGCUGAAAUCUUAAAAAAGUGCCCUUUCCAAAAACAGGCAAUUUUAUGGCACGAAUUUUGCAUGGUACGAUACUCCAAUGAGGCAAUCUUGGGACAUGUUUCGUACUCCCCAUUCGAAUGGGGUCAUAGCAUGGAAAAUGUCCCGCAUGAAGACGAGUUUUACCGGGAGGUGAACAUAUUAUUGGAUAGUGUUCGUAAUCAGACUGCUUCUAAUAGAUCAUCCAAGAAAUUUGCUGCUGCAAGUCGGGAUUACCCGGAUUAUCGAACAAUUUAUGCAUUUGAGCAGUGCACACCUGAUAUUACCCCAAAGGAUUGUGAUGAUUGCUUAAACCAGUCUGCCUUGGAGAUUCGACGGUGCUGUAACGGGGCAAGAGGAGUCAGAAUCCUUAGGCCUAGUUGCUAUCUUCGACUCGAAACGGAUCCUUUCUACAAUGAAACCAUGGUCUAUCCAGUACUCCAGUCACCAACACCGCCAGCAUUGGUACCAAAACCACAAAUACUGGCACCACCAGGAAAUGAUGAUAAUACAACUCGAACCAUCAUCAUUAUUAUUGGUUCAAUUGUUGUGGUCCUAAUACUUGGUCUUUGCAUUGGCAUAGUCCUAAGAAUGAGAAGAAAGAGUAAACCACAAGAACAACAGGAAACUGACCAUGAAAUCAGUACUGCUGAAUCCUUAUACUAUGAUUUUGGCACAAUUAGAGCUGCAACAGACAAUUUCUCUGAUGCUAACGUCCUCGGAAAAGGUGGAUUUGGCAUUGUUUUCAGGGGAAAACUUCCAAACAGGCAAGAAAUAGCAGUGAAAAGGUUGUCCAUGAAUUCGACACAAGGUGAUCUCGAAUUUAAGAAUGAGAUCUUGUUAGUGGCGAGGCUUCAACACAGAAAUCUAGUUAGGAUCUUAGGUUUCUCUUUAGAAGGAAGCGAGCGGCUUCUUAUAUAUGAAUUUCUCGAGAAUGGAAGUCUUGACCGCUUCUUAUUUGAUCCAACCAAGCGUCAAUAUUUGAAUUGGGACACACGCUACAAAAUCAUAGGGGGUGUUGCUAGGGGAGUUCUCUAUUUGCAUGAAGACUCUCGACUCCGAAUUAUUCACCGUGAUCUCAAAGCUAGCAAUGUCUUGUUAGAUGGAGAGAUGAACCCCAAAAUAUCAGAUUUUGGCAUGGCAAGGUUAUUUGACAAAGAUGAAACCCAAAGCAAUACCAGCAGGGUUGUAGGAACCUAUGGAUACAUGGCACCUGAGUACGCAAUCGCGGGAAAAUUCUCUAGUAAAUCUGAUGUCUUCAGCUUUGGCGUCCUAGUUCUGGAAAUCAUAACUGGUCAAAAAAUUAGUAAUUUCCAGUGUGGGGAGAAUGAUAUGGACCUCCUAAGCUGUGUUUGGAAAAAUUGGCAUGAAGGAACAGCUACAAAUAUAAUAGAUCCGGCACUAAGGACUUCCGCUGGAUCUUUGCCCGACAUUAUUAGAUGUGUUCAUAUUGGUUUGUUAUGUGUUCAAGAAAAUGCAUCUGACAGGCCUACAAUGGCAGCAAUAGUUCUCAUGGUCACGAGCUCCUCUAUAACUCUUUCAAUACCUUCACAACCUACAUUUUUAAUGUCUCGCAGCUUUGAUCCAAAAAAUUCACUUCUUCAAGAACACAAUUCAAGAUCGUCAGAGACUGCAAAAUCAUCAAGGAAUAGAUCGGGUAAUUCUACUCAGUCAUUCUCAAUGAGUGAUUUAGAUCCUCGUUAACUUACAAGAAUAUUCAUGUUCAUGACUUCAAGAUAUUUUCCAUAUACUUUUGCUUUUAUUGUUGAAAUGGAAUUACCUAAGCACAUUUGUAAUUUGUUCUUGUUUAAUGUCCUGUAUUUUCAGAAUAAUA